AAUCUUGAAGUCUCAAGGUCGUUUGUGCGAAGCUGCAAAAUAUGUUUUGUUUUGUGUAUUUUUUGCAAAUAACAUGUUAUUUUUUAAUUUAUGACUAAAUCGACAAAAUUUGAUACUUUUUGUCGACAGUUAUAUAACUUGUUGAUAAGUGUAACUCUAACUCUCUUACCAAGUUAAAGAAGUUUACGCCAAAGUAUAAUCACAGUAUUUAAAUGUAGCAAACAUGAGUUUUAUUUCGAAUUAUGUGGAUAAUUACACCGCAAGUAUUUACGACAUGAUCGUGGAGUACGUGGACACGGAGUACAGUCUCUGGCUGACGUGGUUCCUCACGCCCGUCAUAGUCACCUUCUUGCUUCCUGCUGUCAUCAUCAUCCUCAUCUAUCUUAGCAGUAUUAUAUUCUAUCUCUACAGGCUCUACAGAUUGCGAGUCGUAACAGAAGUACAAAAUGAUUGGAAACAUGCGGCUAGAGUUGCCGUGUGUGCUUUGUGGGACGCGCACGGGUGGUUAUGGCAUGGUUACGAGAUACGCGGCGUUGAGAACAUACCGGCUGGUCCAUUUCUCGUGAUAUAUUACCACGGUGCGCUCCCGAUAGACAUGUAUUACUUUACAGCGCGGAUGCUGUUAUUCCAGCGCCGGCAUCUCCAUACAGUCGCUGAUAGGUUCCUCUUUAAGAUACCUGGAUGGUCGCAGUUACUGGAAGGACUGUGCGUGAUUCCUGGGACGGUGGCGACGUGCGCUGGCGUACUACGGUCCGGCAACCCAUUGGCCAUUUCCCCUGGAGGUGUUUAUGAGGCACAGUUCGGUGACCACUACUAUCGCUUGCACUGGAAAAGCCGUACAGGGUUUGCUAAGGUCGCGCUAGAGGCAAAUGUGCCAAUAAUUCCAAUGUUCACUCAAAAUGUGCGUGAAGCAUUUCGCACAGUGGGUUGGCUUCGUGGGAUCUGUCUUCGGAUAUACGCAGCCACUAGGAUCCCUUUGGCGCCCGUAUAUGGAGGGUUCCCUGUAAAACUGAUCACGCAUUUGGGGAAACCUAUAUAUCCCGACUCUAGCUUAACGCCUGAACAGCUGCAGCAGAAGGUGGCAACAGCAAUAGAAGAUUUAGUUGAGGAACAUCAACGCGUGCCCGGCAGUAUUCUACACGCGCUCAUAGAACGCGUCUACGAAAUGCCCAAGAAACGUCCUAAAAAGCCCUACACGAACGGUACCUGUAAAAAAGAUACCGCCAAAAAACAGGAUGUCAGUGACAAAUGUGACAGUGACAGAUGUGUCAAUGAUAAGUGUGACAAUGACAAGGUCAAGGUGUCAUAGUGUAAUUGCCGGUUUAUUGUGUCUAAAAUAUAAGAAAUUAGUUUAAGAUCGCUAGCGCGUCUUAAAUUUUAUGACUGAUAGUGUUUUGUUUUGGUAAACAAAUGAAGCAAUCCAAAUAUUUAUAAUUUUAAUAACACGAGACUUAUAGUGGCCAUUUUAUAAUACGAAAUUAAACCAGUGCAGUGUUACUUAAUGUUACAAGAUUUGUUAAGGUCAUUGAACUAAUUGUAUUUCGAAUAAAUGUAAGAAAUCAUAUUUUCUCGAUAUAUUUAAAGUUAUCUACAUGUUUAUGAUAGGAGAUUAAAUUUAGGUAUAUUAUUCAUAUGUAGCCUGUUAGCUUAAUUAGCCAUUUAAAUAAAUGUCUCUAACAAAAUUAUUUUCACAUAAUGCAAAUAGUUUUAAUUGUUUAUUUUUGUGUCUCAUUUUUCAUUUAAAUCCACUUUCAAUGUUGUUAAUUUAUUGUUCUGUAUAGGCUACAUUGGCCAUGUUUAUAUAUGUAUACAAAAAAAGGGUGCGUGUACUUAUGUACGCGCGUAAGAAGUUAUACUUCUUUGGCAGAUUUUUAUUA